GCAUUCACACAAAAUAUUAGCUUUUUUAGUUUGCCCCCUUUGGGCAAGGCCCUCAUGAGAGGGGGGGCCGGGGCUAAUCUGGGGCUCCCUUUUUGGGGACGGCGGGGACACCGUGUCCCCCACAGGGCGGACGUGUCCUGGCCGCGGCACAGUGUGCGGUGUCAGCGCCGGCAGCUGAGCCCCCCCCCCCCCAUUGCCGUACCCCUGCCGGCGGUGGCCCCGGGGGGCCGAGCCUGGGCUGGCCGGGGGAUCCCCCCGCCACCUGCUCCUCGGUCUGGCUUGCUGCAGUCCCGGCCCCAAAGGGCUCUGGCAGAGCCUCGGUCGAGCUGCCCUUUCGCUUCGCUUUCAUCCUGCAAAUAAAUCCCCACCCUGCAGCGGCCCAUAAAGCAGCGGCACAGCCCAGGGGAAGGGGCUGAGCUGGGUUUUCUACAGCCCUUUGCUGCCAGGGUGGGCACAGCACCGGUGGGGACCAUCGCUGCUGCAUGGGGGCUUCGGGCACAGGGGGAGGGGGGCGGCUGUGCUGCCCUGGGGCAGCUGCCCAGACGCCUGCCCUCACUUAUAACUGGCUUCUGCGGGAUUGUCUGUAAAUCGGAUUUGUCCCAGAGCCUGAGCGGUGGGUGAGGUGAGGCAGGAGCUUGUCACAGCCCCCCGUUUUGGCUGCUGGGUGGCCCUUGUCCCCAGGCAGGGGGGAGCCUGCGGGGACAGGCGAGGUCGGGGCCAGGCGCAGCGGGAGGAGAGCUCGAAGGGAGAUGCGUGUGAUGAUCGGGACCGAUUUAACGUGGUUUUGACCCCAGCGGUCUGAGGGCAGCUGGGCUGCGGCCAGGGGCACGUGAGAAGGUUAAAGGAUGAACGGCAGUGGCCGAGGGCAAGAGAGCAGCCAGGGAGUGCUGGGACAGAUCUGAUGGAGAGCCCUGAGCCAGACAGGGGCUGCCAGGCUUGAUAAACCACUUGUCCCGGCUUGCCCCACCUAAUGAGCAAUAGCUUUAUCAUUGUGCAAGGUACAGGGCUUGCAAGGUCCUGAUCCUGCAGCCGGAGUCUUGCCCGUAAAGGUGCUGAGCGUUCGGCUGGGAGGGUGCUGGACGUGGGGCUGUGGUGCGCUCGCAGCGUGGUGGCAGCGGAGCGAGGACGGUGCCGCGGGUGGUUGGGAUGGGCUGGAGGGGCGGCGGCAGGCAGCACCCUGGCUGCGUCAGCGCUGUCCUGCACGGCAGCUCUGAGCACAGCCCGAGAACGGUCUGGAUGGACGUACCCCGCCGAAAAGAACUCACGUGCCUUUCCAGCCAGAUCGGUCUCGUGGUCCAGAGCGGAACGGGCAUCCUGCUGCCCGCACGUCCUGCUGCCCGCUCCUCCCCACUGCGUGCAGGCCGUAGGGCUGUGCAGCUGCUGAACACGGGUGUUUCUGCCAGCUGUCAUUCAAGAUGUUACAGGUACCACUGCCCCUGGAUCGAGAUGGGAUCCUCUUCCGACUCCGUUUUACCACGCUGGCUGUUGGGACUGUGUUUUGCCCGCUCUUCGGUUUCCUUUUCUGUGUGAUCUGGUCUCUGCUGUUCCAUUUCCAGGAGACGACAGCGACCCACUGCAGGGUCCCUAACUACCUCCCCUCCAUCAGCGCUGCUAUUGGAGGCGAGACCCCCCAGCGCUACGUCUGGCGCCUCUGCAUCGGCCUCCACUCGGCUCCCCGGUUCCUGGUGGCGGUCGCCUACUGGAACCACUACCAGAGCUGCCACUGCUCGCACCCUCGCUACCUGCGCUUGUGCCACUUCAACCUGCUGCUCAACCUGCUCGAAAACUUCGCUCUCCUUAUUCUGACAUACGUGUCCUCAUCUGAAAACUAUGCAAUCCACGAAAAUGCCUUCAUCGUCUUUAUCACGUCGGCUCUGGGCCACAUGCUCCUGACGUGCAUCCUCUGGAGAAUGACUAAGAAACACACAGUAAGUCCCGAGGAGCGCAAGUCGUACAAGUGGAAGCAGCUGCUCUUCUUCUUCACCUUCAUCACGUUUGCGUUUGCCGUGUGCGUUUACUUCCACCACAACUGGUACUGUGGCCCUGGAGUGUACACCAUCUUUGCCUUCCUGGAGUACCUGGUUGUCCUCUCCAACAUGGCCUUCCACAUGACUGCCUUCUGGGACUUCGGCAACAAGGAGCUGGUGGUGAGCUCGCUGCUGGAGGACAAGCACUUCUAGCCAGCCACCUGUCCGCCGCGGUGCCGGUGCCAGGCAGGGACUGCUCUUCCCCUGGGGGAGGCAGGGAGCCCCUUCCCUCUCCUGCUGCCCCCAGGGCUGGGGCCAGGACGUUCGCUGUGGAGCUGCCGCAAGCAUUGUCCCGGGGUCCUGGGCCCCGCAAGUGUCUGAGCAUGGUCUCCAGCUGCACCUGGAGCUCUCUUACAGGGGAGCUGGUGGCUCUUUCUGGAGACCCUCGAGGCCAGUAUCCCCUGCCGUGGCUCCCUGCUGGCUACUGGGAUGGGCAGGAGGACAGAGGAGGGGGGCAGGUUCCUGCUGCCUGUUUCUUCGGAGGAUGCUCUGAGCGGAGCAGGAUGCACGGAGGGCCAGCCUAGCCCUGGCCCUGCUUCGCCUGGUUCCUCCUCCAGGCUGGGGUUCCUUGGCCAAGGUCCUCAAAAAGGACUGGUGGCCUUUCAGGCCUUGAAGCUUAAGGGAGCCUCGGGAGAAGGAGCACUUGCUGCCCCUGCAUCUCUCUGGUUGCACCCCCAAAGCAGAGCAGCCCAGAGCCUUGACUUCUUGGAAAGCCUUUGCUGCAGCACCUGGGGCUGGGUCCAGGCACCUCCUGAGCCCGGGGUGAGCACGGGAGCUGCAGCCGGGGGCUGCCACUGGGCCCUGCUCUCCCCUCUGGAGCUGGGGCAGGGUCCCGGCCUGUCCACACCUGUGUGGCCUGGAGGGGAGCAUCUUCAAAGGUGCCAAUCCGUGCACAGACUGCAUGGGAGCAAGGUGCAUGGGACGUACUGGACUGUGUGCACAGGGCACAGCAGAUGCCGAGAGCAUCCACAGUCUCCUGCUCUGCGUUUCCCAGAAGCCCCCUCCAGCAAGCAAAGGGUGCUUGCAGGGGCGCUGAGCUUGGGUUCAAGCCCGGCUUGGGGAGGAGGGGUGAGUGGGCUGGUGCUGGAGGUCCUCGCUCUGACAUCCGCAUGGCUUCUGUGCCAUAGGGCUUGAGCUGGGAGCUGCUGGGGUUCAGCAGUGCUGCUGCUGCCCCGGGAGGAGGGCGCUGGCUGCCAGGGUGCAGGGGGCUGGCAUGGCGGUGGUGCUGUCUGGGUGGGAGCUGGGUGCUGGCAGCAUCCCCAGGCUCCCCAGCUCCUCCGCGUGCAUGGCCAGGCUGGGCAGCGCUAGUGGAAGGGGGCUGCCAUUGCUCUGGCUCGCAGGGGCCAUGGCCCAGGAGGGCUCGGGGAGCUGGUGCUGUGCUUGGAGAGGUAGCACAGGCUCGCUCCUGGGGGCUCUCUGGAAGAGGAAUGGGCAGGGACUGCAGGCAGAGGUUGCAGGCAGGGGGAGAGGGCUGAGCCUGUCAGCACCAGGAACUGUCUUGAAUGUGGGGAGCUCUGCUUGCCGGGGCUCACCCCAUCGCACGCUCGGCUGUCAAGGACCAUCGUAGGUCCCUGCAACUGCUCUUCAUGUGAAAGCAGCCACCACCAACAGUCCCCUGGGAUGUCCCAGCUCCCAGGCCUUGGGCAGAGACUCCAGCAGGAGCUGCGGCGCCUUGGCUGGUGGCCCUGGCUGACCCUCGAGCGGGUCCUGCUGUGCAACGUGUCCAUCGUGAGUGUCCCCACCGCGCCGUGCCGGGCUCCAUCCAUCUCCCCUGUCUGCAUGCGUGUGGCGUGCUGCCCCCCCGGCAGCAUCGGCCCCUUGGUUUUGAAGUUGAAAUAAAGCACUGGAUAUUUUUGUGA